CACCUUGAAAGAGCCCCUGCGCGAGGACCAACCGACGCCCACUCGGGCCGAGUCGGGCUGGAAAGCGGGCCGGGUUUUCGUCUAUGAGUGUGUCGUCUUCUCGAAGGCAUAGACGAUCUUUGUCGCUGCUGGUUUUUGACAGCGGCGGGGGGAGCUGGUGAGGAGAGCGGAGGAUCCGUGUGGACCACAGCUUGCUGCUGCAGCGGCAGAGAGUGGGGACGUACACACUGGCCGGGCCCGGUCCCUUAAACACACACACUCAUACACACACACACUGCUCAUCAUUUUCUACAGCAUCAACACACGCUCACUGCGGGGGAGGAGGAACCAGGAGCCGGUUUGCAGCAGACUGUUUGACCCACUUCCUGAAGAUACACAGUAGCUGAGAUUAAAUUCGCUCAGUGUGGAUCCAGACCUCGUCACUCCGUCGACCACCUUGAUUGCGUCGCUGAAUCUGGGCAGAAGGUUUUCAUCAUGAUACACCCAAUCAUGGACAGGAACAGGAAGUGGAUGCCGGGCUUUGGAGCUGUGCUACUGAUACUCUUGAGUCACAAGACGUCAGCGCUAGAAGUGCCUCUUGAUCCUAAAGUACUGGAAGGAUUGCCCCAACCCCCCACUAUAACGCUACAGUCCCCAAAGGAUUACAUCUUUGAUCCGCGGGAGAACAUUGUCAUCCACUGUGAAGCCAAGGGGAAGCCUCAUCCCAGCUUUUCAUGGACGAGAAAUGGGACCCACUUUGAUGUAGAGAAAGACUCAAAAGUCCUGGUAAAGCCUGGUUCAGGAACUCUGGUCAUUGACAUCAGUGGGGAAAAGGCUGAGGCUUAUGAAGGAACGUACCAGUGUACCGCACACAACGAGCACGGCACCGCUGUAUCCAACAACAUUGUCAUCAGACAGUCCAGGUCCCCCUUGUGGUCGAAGGAGAGAAAUGAGCCCAUUGUGGUGCAGAUGGGGGUCUCCCUGGUGCUGCAGUGCAGACCCCCUGCAGGGCUACCCCCUCCUGUCAUCUUUUGGAUGGAUAACAACUUCCAAAGGCUACCGCUGGAUAAACGAGUGUCCCAGGCUCUGAAUGGAGACUUGUACUUUUCAAAUGUUCUCCCAGAAGACAGCAGGCCUGACUACAUCUGCUAUGCUCGCUUCCCUCACACACAAACCAUCCAGCAGAAACAGCCUAUCUCAGUCACCGUGCUGAACAAAAGCCCAAUGGGGGAGCGUCGCCCCGGUUUCAUGACGCCUCUGGGUAUCACCAGCACCCAGAUGGUUCUGAGAGGGGAGACUCUGGAGCUGGAAUGCAUUGCUGAUGGCUUACCCACUCCAGAGAUGUCCUGGCAGAAGGAUGGAGGAGAGCUGCCGAGCAGCAGGAUGUCCUUUCAUAACUUCAAGAAAACACUCAAGAUUUCUGAUGUGAGUGAAGCUGAUGCUGGGGACUACCGCUGUACAGCCACAAACAGCCUGGGCACCGCACACCACAUCAUCAAGGUCACUGUCAAAGCGGCUCCUUUUUGGGUCAGCGCUCCCAGGAACCUGAUCCUUGCCCCAAAUGAAACUGGCAUCCUGACUUGUCGAGUCAGUGGAGAACCGAAACCAAAGAUUAGCUGGUUUGUGAAUGGAAUCCCCCUUGAGAAUGCUCCUGUGGACCACAGUCGGAAGGUGGAUGGCGACACCGUGAUUCUUAGCAAUGUGCAAUCAGGGUCCAGUGCUGUCUACCAGUGUAAUGCAUCCAAUGAAUUUGGUUACCUGAUGGCAAACGCUUUUGUCAACGUUCUUGCUGAAGCACCAAGGGUGCUCACUCCACCCAACCGAGUGUACCAGGUCAUCACCAACAAUCCUGCGUUACUUCACUGUGCCUCCUUUGGCUCACCAAUACCAACCAUCACGUGGUUCAAAGACAGUCAGACUAGCAUUAAGAAUGGUGACCCUUUUGUGAUCCAUGAGAAUGGUACAUUAGAGAUCCAUGUGGCCCAGCCACUAAACAGUGGAAAGUACACCUGCAUUGCCACCAACAACCUGGGAAUCAAGGAGAACCAUGUCUACCUGGAGGUUAAAGAGCCCACCCGUAUCCUGAAGCAGCCAGAGUACAAGGUGGUACAGAAAGGAAUGAGCGCUGUGUUUGAGUGUAAAGUCAAACAUGACCCAUCCCUCGUUCCCACCAUGACCUGGCUCAAAGACGACGGAGAGUUGCCUGAUGAUGAGAGGUUUGAUGUAGACACGGACAGUCUGACCAUCAAAGAUGUGACAGAUGGAGAUGAGGGCACCUACACCUGCAUCAUGAACACCACCCUGGACCAGGACUCAGCCAGUGCCAUGCUGACUGUCGUAGAGAAACCUGACCCUCCGACUGACCUGGAACUGACUGACCAGACAGAGAGGAGCGUUCAGCUCACCUGGAUCCCUGGAGACGAACACAACAGUCCCACGCAGAAGUUUCUAAUCCAAUACGAGGAUCUGCUUCACCAGCCUGGAGUUUGGAUCAACCUGACAGAGGUUGCUGGUACUAGCACCACAGCACAGUUAAACCUCUCUCCACACGUCUACUACUCCUUCAGAGUUCUGGCUGUAAAUCAUGUUGGCUACAGCCAGCCUAGCCAGCCCUCAAGCCAAUAUAGGACCAACCCUGCAGCUCCUGAUGAAAAUCCGUCAGAUGUUCAGGGAGUAGGAGCAGAGCCUGGCAAUUUGGUUAUCUCCUGGACACCGCUGACAGGAUUUCAGUCCAACGGGCCCAAUCUGGAGUACAAAGUGCAGUGGAGACAGAAGGACGUGGAUAAUGAGUGGUCCUCGGAGACUGUGGCCAACGUUUCUCAGUUUGUUGUGUCUGGAACUCCAACCUAUGUGCCCUACGAGAUCAAGGUUCAAGCUGUGAAUUAUUAUGGCAGCGGUCCAGAGCCUGAAGUUGUGAUUGGAUACUCUGGAGAAGACUUGCCUUUGUCUGCUCCUGAGAGCGUGCAGGUCAUGGUUCACAACAGCACUCUCGCAGAAGUACACUGGGAGCCUGUGUCUUUCCCCUCGGUCAGAGGAAAACUACAGGGAUACAAGGUAUACUACCAUCGCGAGCGCGGCUUACACGAGACAGAAGGGGAGACAGAGCAGCAGGAGCAGGUUUUGACGUUCAGUGGGAAUCGUAGCGAAGGACGUCUGCCAGGCCUCCAGCCUUACAGCCUCUACAACCUCUCCAUCAGGGUCCUUAAUAGCAAAGGAGAAGGGCCUCCGAGCCCCAGCAAGACAUUUGAGACACCUGAGGGAGUCCCAGGGCCUCCUUCCUUUCUGAAUGUCAUAAACCCUAGUUUGGACUCUCUCACUCUGGAAUGGGGCCCACCAAUGAACAACAAUGGACGCCUCGCUGGAUACACACUGAAAUACCAACCAGUCAACAACACCAAUGAGCUGGGACCAGUCAAGGUGAUGACCUUCUUAGCCAAUGAGACCACCACCACCCUGGGCAACCUGAACUCCAGCAUGCUCUACAAGUUUUACUUAAGUGCAAAGACAAUCAAGGGCUCUGGCCCCAUCAUCACAGAGGAGGCCUUGACAGUCAUGGACACAGCUCGUACUCAGCCCACUGUAGAGACGGGCAAAGGCCCCACAGAGCCCCCUCACCCAACCUUCCCCACCACUCAGUCUCCGCAUCCCCCGUUUCACAAGGCGCCACCUGUAGGCCCUGUGUUUGGCAAAGUUAACGCAUCCCUAUCGGAGGACGGUGCAGUGAUCAGUUGGGAUUACUUUGGACACCAUAAGAAUGUAUAUGUGGAAUAUAUUGUAGAAAACAGUAAGGAGGACUGGAAAAAGGAGUUGGUAAAUGGUUCACAUUCGCAUAUGAUAAAAGGUUUAAAGCCGGGGAUGUCCUAUAGGGUGCGUGUGGUAGCUAGAGACCCGGCUGACCUGACGGUCCACAGCACAGAUGAAGUGUCGGUGUUGGUGCCAGCUGUACCCAGCCGGCAGGUAGACAUUGCCACCCAGGGGUGGUUUAUUGGACUGAUGUGUGCAAUCGCUCUCCUCAUCUUGGUCCUUCUCAUAGUGUGCUUCAUCAAGAGGAACAAGGGUGGUAAAUAUCCAGUGAAAGAGAAAGAAGAUGCCCACCAAGACCCAGAGAUCCAGCCAAUGAAGGAGGAUGAUGGGACGUUUGGAGAGUACAGUGACACAGAGGACCACAAGCCGCUGAAGGGAAGCAGGACGCCAUCCAAUGGCACUGUGCGCCGGGACGAGAGCGAUGACAGCCUGGUGGAUUACGGGGAGGGCGGGGACGGACAGUUCAAUGAGGACGGCUCCUUUAUUGGACAGUAUAGCGGCAAGAAAGAGAAAGACACACACGAAGGCAACGAGAGUUCGGAGGCCCCGUCGCCUGUCAACGCCAUGAACUCAUUUGUCUAAUGACGGCAACAAGGCCGACUGCGAUAGUUGCUAUGGCCACUCGUUGUCACCCUGGCAAAUGUGACCAUAGGGACCGUCUCUGUGGUGACAGUUGCUAAGGUGACAGUCAUUGUGGACGCCUAGUUCGCUGGCCAUCGCCGUGGCUACGUAUCACCAAGACUGCUGACCCGCCCUCAUCUCCACACCCGCCAGCCCCCUGUCUGACCUCCUCUGAUUAACACACACUCAGCAUGGCAAAGGCCGACACCACAUCCCCCAUGAGCAUUAGAAGAAGAUGCGGAACGAGGGAUGUGAGGACUCUGAGAGGAGGGAAGGAGAGAGGAAGCAAUAUAGAAAAGCAGAAGGAAUGUACCAGAAAGAGUUUUUACCACUCAGACUGAGCAGAGGUGUGGCUAAGUGUGUGCGUGUGUGUGUGUGUGUGUGUGUGUGUGUGUGUUAGUGCUAUUUGAUCUCCUUUGCAAACAUACUAAACAUGAUGUAUCCAAAUUUAUAUUUUAUCAAAGUACAGUACAUGACCCGCAGGCAGGAAAAUAUGCAUUCACUCAUAAACAUCUGCAUGGAGUAAAUCACGAAUCUAUUAAGCAUUUUACCAUUUUUGUGUCAGUUGUUGCAGAGGUGAGCUGUGUGUUGAGACUGUAUAUGGUGCACGCCUACUAGCGAGUGGGUAUGCCUCUUUUAUUGUUUUUUCCACUUAGAAAGUGUUCAGUGGCGUAUGAUAUAUACAUAGAGAGACAAAAUGGCAGCAGUGUCUUUGUGGACCACGCUGUGAAAUGUUUAACUCGAAGUAGAAGCUAGCGUAUGUCCUUUUGAGACAGAUGAACGUUUUGUACAUAUGUAAUAGAAUAAGACGAAAGCUAGAGGUCAGUGGUCAGUGAUGUCCAUUUGUUGUCAUUGGAAACCUGGCUGGAAACACUUUGAACUCAAUGUUCAGUCACUUAUUACACCAGCCAGCCAGCCAAAACUCCCACACUUACUCCAAUCUGCUCGUUUGUAGCCUCAUGUUUUCUCAACCUUGUUCUGUGCUUGCGGUUUUUUUUUUUGCUUUUCUUUCCCGAUCUGUUCCUUUACACCGAGCCUAUCCUUCUUGUUACCUAGCACUAACUGAACACAAAUGCAGGUGUGAUUGAUCUAGCGUCAACGUCAAGUGCUUCCCCCCCCGAAUCGUGACCACUGUGCACGCCCUCAUUUUAGGCCCUCCUGGUAUUGUCAGAACUUCCCCAAUAUUGUAUCCAAUAGCAUUACCACUUACGCAUCUGCUAUGAAUAUUGGCAGAAACAAGAGAAAAAUAUUUUAUAUGAAGAGGUUUACAGAACGUACACACUGUAGUCUCGAGAUAUGUAGAUGUUGGUGAUCAAGAACCUCUCACCAUGGUUUCUAGUGCCUUUGUGGAGAACAGUGACUUAGAUACAUAGAAUUUUGUCCCUAUUUAUUCACAGGACAGACCUGGGCUCAGUGCAGUUCAUAUAGUUCAUGAAAUCAGUACAUACGGACUACUAUCCCACCUUACUCUAAUGACAACUUUAAAGGCUACACAAGUGUAAAACACAAUAAGCUUUACAGGAUUCCACUGAUUCAUAAGGGAAACUAAGACCCUUGUUGUGAGCUAUGUGGUCAUUUAGUAACAUCCACAUGGGCUUCAAAUAGCCUACUUGAGUCUUUAAAUAGUUUUCAACAGGGCUGAAAACUGUUAUAAAAUGACCUUUUUCUCAGUUGUACACUGGCAUUAGUUAGAAUAAUUGUUCAGCUAUAGAUUGUUAUGGCCUUGUUGACAAUCAUAUACCCAGUUAUCAUCAGCCCACAUGGUGUACAAGCAGACCACCAAAUCACACCAUCCAGCUAAGAAUUAAAGACUGAGAAAAUGCGUGGGAUAUUAAAAUGUGAGGGAAACCUGAGGUCAGAGGAGCACUGGGCGCUCGUGAGAUGUCUUCAUGUGUUCAUUUCAAACACUCUGCUCCUUCAUCUCGAGGAGGAGCUGCUGCUCAGCAGCACUAAACUACUGCCAACCUACUCAUCAGGUUACUGCCAACAGGAACCAGACUCACCAUCUGGCACAGACUUUUAACAUAAUGGGACAUACUGUUACUGGUAGCACUUAGAAAUGAAGGAGUCGGAAUUUUUUUUGCGUCAUGAUACUGAAUGUGGAAACAAGUGGAUCUGUUUAUGUAAAUGAAAAUAUUGCUUGUUUCACUGCAAAUGGUAAACACACUGGUGACUUUGGUUUAUGCAUUUAACCUUAUAUCUGUGUAUGUUGUCACGUUCUGAGUGCAGCACUCAGUGAGUUUUCUAAUACUGUAAAUGAAUGAAGCGUGUGUGUGUGUGUGUGUGUGUGUGUGUGUCUGUGUGUGUGUGUGUGGGGGGGGGCAGCACAUGCAUGCUACUGUGUUACAGCGUGUGUGAUGUAUACUAUCGCUUUCAAUUUCCAUGGAUAACAGUCUAGAAUUCUGAUGUGUGUCCGACUCUCAACAGGAGAUCCAGCACCUUUUUUUUUUUUCAGAGAGCAUUUCCACGCCUUAUGUUUAUCAUGACUUGCAUCAAGUUUUUAGGUUGCGAUGUGUCAGCUUUCCACGUGUAGAUAUUUUGUUGUAUUUUGUAAAUAAUGGCUUGAAUUGAGCGUAGAUGUGCUGAGGUUAGAGGUGAGAGCUUGACCUCAAUAGGCCCUGCUACAUUAUGUGUAGGAGGGCAAAAUGGCAUUGUGUGAGACUAUUUACAAUUUUCACUCUUUUUAUUUGCUGUGAAAUUUCUUUUUUUUUGUCAGGUGGAUUUGCUAGCUCAAAUGUUUAGCCUAUCAGGUAUCCAAGGAGAUUAUUAACUUGUGACUGAGCUCUUGUGACACCUGUAUUGUUUCUCUGUCUCUGACAGUUCACACACCUUUUUUUCUGUAUUUUUUAUAAAAAGGCGCACACUUAAACAGGAUUUAUCACUUCAACCACAUCCAUGCAUCUGGUUUACGAAAACAUUACGCUGGAGAAAUGUUGUCCUAAACUAGACAUUAGGUGAAACUGACAUCCUUUUUAAGAGUGUGUAUCCCAAAAAAAGAAAGAAGAGAAAUCAGAAGAAUGGCCAGCAUGGACAGAUAGGUGGACUGGCACAUUAGAGUAUGAAUACCCUGAAAACAACGUUCUAGUGACUGAUGAACAUACAGUAGGAUAUACAGUAUAUGAUAUAAUAUGACAUUCUGGUUAAUGUUGAAGCUACAUGAGAAGCAUGAAAGGCUGUCAAAAUGGUUUACU